CCCACACACCCACGGGCAGGUGCUGAACAAGUCAUGGAUGGUUGACAAGAGCCCUGUACAGCAAGGGGUUAAUGGCAGAGUCUGGUGGAGACCACUGAAGGCUGAUCGUCCCUAAAUGUCACCGCAAGGAGGACCAGGUCCUGCAGAGCUAUGAGUGACAGAGGGUGACAGCAGGUGACACCGAGUGACACAUCUGUGAUCCUGUCUGCGGUGACUCUGAGCAAGACACUGAUAAGAGGGAUCAGGUCCCGCGGGAGCUUGCAAUCCAACACCGGCAGCUGAGGAUGUGAAAUAUUGAUCAGCAGCAGUCUGCGCCAUGUCGUGCGGUUCGGGGGAGUGCAGGGGGCUCCCCCUUUACAGCUUCUACACAGCCCCCCCUGCCACGGACCCUAUGCAUUACUCCUCGGUGUCCCACGACCCGGAUCCCCCCUUAAACAAUGGCUCUGGGACCCCCUGUUCUGCCCAGGACCCCACAUUGCAGGUGAGCAGCCCCGCUGGGGGCGUGAAAGAAGGCCACCCGGACAACUCCCCCAAGCCUUUCUACCGCCACUAUCUCACUCGAACCAGCAUGCAGGGUGACAUCUACAACUUCUUGGAAAGACCCAGUGGUUGGCGUUGCUUGAUAUACCAUUUUAAUGUGUUUCUCCUCGUUCUUAUAUGUUUAAUAUUCAGUGUCCUCUCCACCAUAGAACAUUACUCUGAAUUUGCCACAGGAACUUUAUUCUGGAUGGAGAUUGUACUGGUCGUGUUUUUUGGUGCCGAAUAUCUUGUACGUCUGUGGUCAGCCGGCUGCCGCAGCAAAUAUGUGGGUUUCAUGGGGCGAAUACGUUUUGCUAGAAAACCCAUCUCGAUAAUCGAUCUCAUCGUGGUCAUAGCCUCUAUCAUCGUUCUCAGUGUCGGCUCCAAUGGGCAGGUCUUCGCCACGUCUGCAAUUAGGGGGAUUCGAUUCCUUCAAAUACUUCGCAUGUUACAUGUGGACCGCCAGGGAGGAACGUGGAGGCUGCUAGGAUCUGUAGUUUUCAUCCAUCGCCAGGAGCUCAUCACCACUCUGUAUAUCGGCUUCCUGGGUCUCAUCUUCUCAUCCUACUUUGUCUACCUGGCCGAGAAGGAUGCAGUGGAUGAAGAGGGGAGGACCGGAUUUUCCAGCUAUGCUGACGCCCUCUGGUGGGGAGUGGUCACUGUGACGACGAUCGGUUAUGGGGAUAAAGUUCCUCAGACGUGGAUUGGGAAGACGAUUGCGUCUUGUUUCUCUGUCUUUGCCAUCUCCUUCUUUGCGCUUCCAGCGGGAAUUCUGGGUUCUGGCUUUGCUCUGAAAGUCCAGCAGAAACAGCGACAAAAACAUUUCAACAGACAGAUCCCGGCCGCAGCUUCACUAAUCCAGACCCUUUGGAGAUGCUAUGCUGCAGAGAAGUCCUACAAUUCUACAGCCACCUGGAAGAUCUACCUGACCCCUCCAGAUCCGAGUAACAAGUCAGCGCCGACAGCGAGCAGUCCUGGUGCACGGAGACAGAACAGAAGAAGUAGGAAGAAGACCAAAUCUCUGCACGAGGCCCUUGUCACCCCCACCAGCCCCACCCUGGCACCUCUAAGCCUGACUCCGAUGCCCUCGGGUCCCCAAGUGUCAUCCCCAGAAAAUGCCCUGUCUGUGCCUCACAUCACCUACCGUCACGCAGAGGCUGACAAAAGCAGCCUGAACUUCCAGGGCCCAACAGGUCGUUGCCGAUCUUGGUCCACCCUUACUAUCUGCACAUCCAGUUACGCCACCGCACAAGGGAAGAAUCGGGCAGACGAAUCCUUCCCAGAUAUCUCCCGGACUAACAGCUAUACAGAUGAUAUGGACGCCAUGAGCGAGGAGAACCCCGUGCAACGGGUUACUGACCUCACACACUCAAUGGGCAGGUUGACAGAAACUCACAGGACAGCAGUGAAGGUCAUGCGGAGAAUGCAGUAUUUUGUUGCCCGCAGAAAAUUCCAGCAAGCUCGGAAGCCGUACGACGUCCGGGACGUUAUUGAACAAUAUUCCCAGGGACACCUGAAUAUGAUGGUGCGCAUCAAGGAACUGCAGAGGAGAUUGGAUCAUUCCCUAGGGAAGCCAGGCCUUUUUCUGCCAGAGAAAGGAGUCGAUAAAGGAUACUACACAGUUGGGGCAAGGCUCAUGCGUCUAGAGGAUAAGGUGUUCAAAAUGGAUAAUAAGUUAGACGAGAUCCUGUAUGUCUUCCGUACUAAAAUGGUGCCAGAAGAGAACCAACAGACCACCUCUCAGCCAGCAUCCCCCUCCCCUCACAGGCUACUCCACCCGUCUCACAGCUCACCCAUGCCAGGCCGCCGAUACUGAUGAUCAAGGAAUGCCACUCUGCAGCUCCUCCGAAAGCAAAGCGCCGCCUGAAGGAACUACACCACAGCUAUGUGAGCAAACGUCCUCAUGGGAAAUGCUGGAGAUGUCACAAAGAGGCAAGGCUUCCAAGAGGGUGACUUCCUGACACCCUGCUCUCACCCACCACACAGACAACUUCCAUUCUUCUAUCGCAAGGCCUGGUACAUAUAUAUAUAUAUGUUCAUUGGUACAGUUUUGGCAUCAUUGGCUGCCUACGGUGCGCUCCUCAGAACACUGCUCAGUUGGCAAGGCACUCUCACAUCAGGUCCGCCUCAUGCCAGUAACUUAUGAGCCACUGAGUCACAGUGCAGGUGUAAAGAAAUAGGUUUGCAGAAUACAUCUGCUUCUCGUAUAAUAAAACAUUUAGUAAUGAGAUUAAAAGCAAAAUUUGUGCUAGAAGAGAAGUAAGUGCAGUGCCGCAAAAACUUGCCUCUUUUUCAGGAUCUUGAACACAGUUGCCUUACGUGCACCUCAGGAGAUGUUGCCCCGAUGUACGUUUUGAUGUGUGCUGGUUGCCCCACCAGGACACAGGUUCGUAAUGCCUAACCUUCCCUGCAUGUGAAUAUAUAUAUAAAAAAAAUGACAGUUUUGCGUGUGACCCCCUGAACCCUUAUUAUUAAUAA